CUGCGUCUGUCUCUCGUCCGGCACGUCGCGUCGCGUGCCUGCGCUCCCUCGUUCCCUAGUUCCCUGGCGGAGGAGAGGAGCGAAGGAUGCGUCUUGGAGGAUGAGUUCCGGCGGGGAGCAGCACGACGCACGCUGCCGGAAGGCGCUGGCCCUGAUCGUUGACCUUUGCCUGGACGAGAGCCCCCCCCUGGACGUGGGCACCUGCCAGGAGUUCCUCCUGCUGCUGACCAACAGGAGCUCCGACCUCAGAGACGCAGAUCUCUCUUUCAGCCUCCUCUUGGUCGUGUUUCUCGGGUGUGGCCUGGCCCUGCUGGGGGUCAUCCUAUUCGCGUCCUGGAAGCUGUGCUGGGUGCCCUGGCGCGACAAGCCCCCGCCGUCCUCCAGCAGCGCCGCCGCCCUCAGCCCGGACGCCUCCCCUAGAGGCGGAGUCUGCCUCUGCCCCGCCCACUCCGACGCCAUGGCGACGGAGAAGCUCAAGGACGCCGCCGGCCACGUCAGCAUCCUGGAGGCGGCGGUGAAGAUCAGCCACACGUCGCCGGACAUCCCCGCCGACGUCCAGCUGUCCAUGAAGGACCACUUCCUGCGGCGCACGCGCAUCUCCCGCCAGACGACCGAGCCGGCCUCCUCGAACAGACACAGCUCCUUCAAGCGGCACCUGCCGAGGCAGAUGCACCACGUCACCAGCCUGGACCGCGGCACCGAGCUCCUGGACGCGGACGAGCGGCCCACCAGCAUCGGCGGCAUCAAGCCCGAGCUCUACAAGCAGAAGUCGCUGGACGCCGACGAGCCGGCCAAGAACGGCGGCCGGGCGUGCGGGCGCAUCCACUUCUCCCUCAAGUACGACUACGAGAGCGAGGCCCUGGCCGUCAACGUCCUCAGGGCCCUGGACCUGCCCGCCAAGGACUUCUGCGGGAGCUCCGACCCCUACGUGAAGAUCUACCUGCUCCCCGACCGCAAGCAGAAGUUCCAGACCAGGGUGCACCGCAAGACCCUCAACCCCACGUUCGACGAGGCCUUCCAGUUCCCCGUGCCCUACGAGGAGCUGGGCGGCCGGAAGCUGCACAUGAGCGUCUUCGACUUCGACCGGUUCUCCCGCCACGACAUGAUCGGGGAGGUGAUACUGGACAACCUCUUCGAGACGUCGGACCUCACCCGGGAGACCUUCAUCUGGAAGGACAUUCAGUACGCCACCAGUGAGAGCGUGGAUUUGGGGGAGAUCAUGUUCUCACUGUGCUACCUGCCCACGGCUGGACGGCUCACGCUCACCGUCAUCAAGUGCAGGAACCUGAAGGCCAUGGACAUCACCGGAUACUCAGAUCCCUACGUGAAAGUGUCCCUCAUAUGUGAUGGGAGGCGGUUGAAAAAAAAGAAGACGACCAUCAAGAAGAACACGCUGAACCCCACGUACAACGAGGCCAUAAUCUUCGACAUCCCGCCAGAGAACAUGGACCAAGUCUGCCUGCACAUCUCCGUCAUGGACUACGACCUGGUGGGCCACAACGAGAUCAUCGGGGUGAAUCGUGUCGGGAGCAACGCGGAAGGCCUGGGCAGAGACCACUGGAAUGAGAUGCUGGCCUACCCCCGCAAACCGAUCGCUCACUGGCACCCUCUGCUGGAGGUCAAAAAGUCUGAAAAGGAGUGGAAGGCCCGCACUGCUAGCUUCGAUAGCCAGGGCUCCUGUCCCUCGCCCAGACCUCCGUCCAGCCCGUGAGGGAGGGGUCAGCACCUGAGGACAGCCCGCCUCCACCCACCUGCCUCACCUCCUGCUGCGUCAGCACAUUUUCUACUGACCGCCGUCUGUCUGCCUGUCUGCCUGUCUGCCUGUCUGCCUGCCUGUCUGUCUGUCUGUCUGUCUGCGGCACACCCUCCAUACACGCACAGCCCCGUUCUGUCUAAAAGAGCCGCCUUAAUGCCUUGGUGGGACGUCCAGUUUCGGGAAAAAGGAAAAACAGACCUUCUGCAUUCCUGGGAAGCUUACAACUGAGCCAAGCCAAAUUGGAUUACAGUACACUUUGUCUGGAAAUCUUUCUUUUUUUAAAUGAUUGAGAACUCUUUUUGCCAGAGUAAAGAAGUCUUUUUUUAUUUUUAUUCCCGUUGUGAAAGUAGUGGUAACUAACAUUGAGAGAAAUGAACGAAAGACAAUUAAAAAAAUUACUGCUCAAUCUUUCCAAGGGUUGAAGGGUGCUAAGUAAAGCACUACCUUCAAUAACACAGUAUGUAUUACUAAUAUUUAAAUGUAAUAUUUGCGUAAUACAAUACAUUAAUGAACUGCCCCAAAACAACAAUUAAAAUUGAAAACUUAAAUUAAAAACUCAUUUUACAAUUUCUAGGUCAAGUUGUCCUAUUAAACGCAGAACAUCGCACCAAAAAACUCUGUUUCGCUGAGCAGCUUGCUGGCACAUAUUUGCAUACACAGCCGAACCCAUACAGCCACAGUCCGUAGCCAUGCCGACGCCAGCCACAGCAAGCCAUUGUCCCACAGGGGAGGCGCGUAAUUGGGCAUUGCCUCGCCCCCGUGGGGGAGCGAGGGUUAAC